AUGAGCGACACGGUCCCUGAGGGGUCCGUAAGCCCGGUUUUUCGAACCGGCAGUGGAAAUGUGGCUCUCGGAAUCGCUGUCAUUGCAUUCAUGUCUAUUGCGCUAUACAACGCUCUGGAGCUCUCGGUGCUCAUUCCACUAAGCUUCAGAAGAUAUAACAGCCUAUAUUUCUGGGCACUAUUGAUAUCUACUGUUCUCGGCGUGAUACCGGCUACAAUCGGCCCUAGCCUGGAGUUCUUCAACCUGUCACCUUUGUGGCUUAGCCUAACACUAUCCAACAUUGGCUUCGUGUGCAUGGUGCCAAAUCAAUCGGUAGUGCUUUACUCACGGCUGCACCUGGUAUCUCAGAACCCAACUGUGUUGUCGAUGGUGCGUUGGCUCGUCAUUGCCGGGGGCUUUGUUGUCAUUCCCACUAUUGUCAUGAACUUCGGAUCCAGCUAUCGCCCACAGGAAUCAUCGUGGACCAGCGGAUUCAAUGUCCUUGAACGCCUACAGUUGACCUGGUUCGCGACACAGGAGAUGUGUAUAUCCUCAAUUUAUAUCUGGGAAACUAUACAGUUGAUUCGUCUCAGCCCGAAGGAGGACAAGAGACGACACAAGAUCUUAUAUGAACUUAUUGCCAUCAAUGUUGCAGCUAUCUGCAUGGAUAUAUCGUUGUUGGUACUUGAGUACUUGGGGUUCUAUUACACGCAGGUGAUAUUCAAGGCCACUGUUUAUAGCGUGAAGCUGAAACUGGAGUUUGCAGUGCUUGGAAUGUUGGUCUCGAUUGUUCGUUCGCACUCAGAGUCGGCGCCACCAACGUGGCAAGCCGACUGGACUUCAUCAACGUUCUCAUAA